GCAGGUUGGGGCUAGCUGUCACAGCUGCCACAUGAACUGGCGGCGACACGGUUAUAUAACGGCUAAGAACCACGGGUUUAAUGCUUGGAGACGAGAACACGCGCGCUCAUGUGCGGGCUAAGCUUUAGAACAAGAAACAGCCCAUCGCAAAAGACCUCCCUUAGAUGGGGCGAUAGUUGCCUCAACUAACGUCUCCCGCGAGUGACAUAAUUAGUGUUAAUUAGUUGUAUGUUAUGAACCGCGAGUAUUACACGUAAAAGACAUUUGAGUGGGAGGCAUCUCUGAGGGGUUUUUAUUGCGAGAAGAGGAAAAACAGACAGCAAGAUGAUUAACAUAGCGGGUGUUGUUUCGAUUGUGCUGUUCUACGUACUGAUCCUGGCGGUGGGGAUCUGGGCGGGACGGAAGAAGCCUCCGGGAGAUCAGUCAGAAGAAGAGGUUAUGCUGGCUGGACGGUCUAUUGGACUAUUCGUCGGCAUUUUUACUAUGACGGCUACUUGGGUUGGCGGAGGCUACAUAAAUGGUACGGCUGAGGCAAUCUACACUUCCGGGCUCGUUUGGUGUCAGGCUCCAUUUGGCUAUGCACUUUCGUUAGUGUUUGGUGGAAUCUUCUUCGCAAACCCAAUGCGAAAGCAGGGCUACGUAACAAUGUUGGAUCCGCUGCAAGACUCGUUUGGCGGACGUAUGGGCGGUUUGCUGUUUUUACCUGCGCUUUGCGGAGAGGUGUUUUGGGCUGCUGGGAUUUUGGCAGCACUGGGUGCAACACUGGUCGUAAUUAUCGACAUGGACCACCGCACAUCUGUUAUCUUCAGCGCCUGCGUUGCAGUUUUCUACACACUCUUCGGGGGGUUGUACUCUGUGGCCUAUACUGAUGUUAUACAACUCUUUUGCAUCUUUAUUGGUCUGUGGAUGUGCAUACCCUUUGCCUGGGCCAAUCCUCACGUCAAGCCUCUCAGUUCCAUGGAGGUGGACUGGAUUGGCAGCAUCGAUCCAGACUAUUACUGGUUCUACAUCGAUUACGGCCUACUACUGGUAUUUGGGGGCAUUCCUUGGCAGGUGUACUUCCAACGAGUAUUGAGUAGUAAAACAGCUGGGCGGGCCCAGAUUCUGUCUUACGUGGCGGCUUUCGGCUGCAUCAUCAUGGCAAUCCCGCCAGUGCUCAUCGGGGCCAUUGCGAAAGGCACUUCCUGGAACGAGACCGAAUUUACUGGACCGCUAACCCCUGAAGGCGAUCUAACCCCAGAGCAGACGUCCAUGAUCCUGCCUCUAGUGCUGCAACACCUAACACCAAGUGUUGUCUCCUUCUUUGGCCUUGGUGCUAUCUCUGCAGCUGUUAUGUCUUCUGCAGAUUCCAGUGUGCUUAGUGCUUCAUCUAUGUUUGCCAGGAAUGUCUACAAGCUGAUCUUCAGACAGAACGCGUCAGAAAUGGAGAUUAUCUGGGUGAUGCGAGUGUCCAUAAUUAUUGUGGGGAUUCUCUCAACUAUCAUGGCUCUCACAAUACCUUCCAUCUACGGCCUCUGGUCAAUGUGUUCAGACCUGGUAUACGUGAUCCUGUUCCCCCAAUUGCUGAUGGUGGUACACUUCAAACGGCACUGCAACACCUAUGGUUCCCUCGCGGCCUACAUCGUGGCUCUCUUUGUACGCCUCUCGGGUGGUGAAAAACUGCUGGGUCUGCCUCCACUGAUACACUUCCCUGGUUGGGAUGAGAAGAACGAAAUCCAGCUCUUCCCCUUCAGGACCCUUGCGAUGACCCUGUCACUAUUUACACUCGCAUUUGUGUCUUGGUUAUCAGUGUUUCUGUUCAACUCCGGUUACCUGAGCCCGGAGUCAGAUUAUUUCAAUUGUGUGGUCAACAUCCCUGAGGACAUCCGACGUGUUGACGAACCUUCAGAAGCUUGCGAGCAGAUGUCUGUGCUUGGAGGAGUACCAGGCCGCUUAUACGGAGCCGCUUCCACUCUUGUCGGACCAGACGAGAGCACGGGUCGUAUUAACCCAGCCCUCGAGACCGACGAUGAUCUCGAUGACCCCAACGACGGACCUACUCCCCUCUUCGGCAACAGCGCCCCCUCCCACCCCCUAGGGAAACAAACCGCCUUCUGAAAUCACUAAGUGAGUGUUUUUGAUGCUUUUACGUAGACUGCACAUAACUCAUUUCUAAAAGCAGUUUUGAUAUUUAACGGACGUAAUGCUCAAAGAAAACGACGAACAUCCGAAGCACAGAUACGCUCGUUAUGACGAAGCAAUAAUUCACUAGUUUAAUUUUUAAGAGAAUUUAUUUUGUAGUGCGGUGUGAGAAACAAAACAUAUCAUGUUGUGAAUCGAUGUUAGAUUAUUGUUAAAUUAUUUACACGUGUUUAAUGAUCCUUAUUUAUGUCAAUUAUAUGAGCGUGUGCACACGAUUAUUGUACAUUACGAGUGACACACGGAAUAGGACGAAUUUGAUGUAAUCCGCAAUAUAUAGAUCUGCAUAUAUCUGUUAGAUUUGUAGAGUUUAUACAAUGAGUUUGAAAUUACUAAAUAGGUUACUGAAACACGUACAUAUCAUUGAGAAUAUCUGAAUUUACCCAGUAAGUUUAGGUAUUUUAGUAUUUUUACAGUAAUUACAGAGGUUAUAUUUAAUAUGUUAUCGAGAUAUUGUAUUUCGCACAAGCUUAUUAGCACAAUAUGUCGGCAGCCAAAUUUACUUUUAAAACUUUAGAGUUUCAAAAAACAAGUAGAAGUUAUCGGAGGGACCUAUCUCUUUUAAGUGGUCACUUCAUCUGUCUGCGUUUGUGGUAAUGGCGUUUAACUUGGUGGUUAUAUUUCUGGCACAGCUUUUCUGAUUUUGUUUUAUAACUGAGGUUACUAACUAAUUAAGAAAAACCAAAACCCCAUCUGCCGCAUUUACUUUACAUCACCUAAUUUAAAGAUUUUAAUAAAUUAUAACACUUUCUAAAAAGUCGAAAAAAGUGUGUUGUGUAAACAUUUAUUUAUAUGUAAUUAAAUGUGUAUAAUAAUUGUAAGACCACGUUACAUGAACUACAAAAAAUAUAUUAACUAAGCAGGGUUGGCUGCCGACAGAAAAUAUCAUAAAUGUGAAAAAAAUAUUUAUUUAAAAAUAGUUCAAAGUUUUGGUUCCAAGGACCAUAAGGCUAAAAGCACAAUUAGUGUCAGAUUUUUAAUAAAUUAUUAAAAUAUUAGUCUAAGUUGAUAUUUAUAAUUUAAUCUACAAGAUUAAAAUUCUAAUGGUUUUUAAAUAUUUUUGCGGCAUGUACUUAGAGGGCUAAAUGACGCGGGCUAUAUUUUAUGAAGUGCGUUCAGCUCAGUUUGUUCAUUUAAAAAGGCCAUACAGCACAAACGUAUUUAUAAAAAUAAAUUAUCCUAUAUGAAGAAUGUUUUGUCAAUACUUUUGCUUUCAUAUGCUCUAUAGUUUAUUACAUAAUCUGUAGCUAAAGACAAAUAGAGAAAUGAAAUUGCGAGUAAAGUAAAAAGGGUUGAUAAAUUUUCGUCGUCGUGGUUUGAUCGAUACAUUAUGUAGCGUUGAAUUCGUAUAAUAUCGCAAUACUGUUUUUCCAGCAGUAGCUAUAACUAAACGGACCUCUGAAAUUUAAUUUAAGCCAAAUAAUAUAUUACUACGAUACAUACUCUGUGACAAAAUGUCAUAGACAAUGCAAUUCGCAUUUAGUAGAUGUCAUGUGUUUUGGUGUUUAAGUCUAAAUGUUUCCUUCCCUCCAAAUGUAAAUUAUUGUAAACGCUUAUAUGUUUCAAAAUUUACUAUUUAUAUAAUAUAUUCGAUGGUUUUAUUGGCUUUUUUAAUGUAUAUUAAUGGCUGGUUGCUAUUUUCUACUUUACAUAGUAGGUAAUAAUAAUCAGCUUUAAAUCGUUGAAUGUAUUCAAUAUACAAAUAUAUAUUAUAAUGAAACGAUAUAUAAACAAUUUACUGGAUAGUGGAUUUAAAAAAGGGUCAUAACAUAAAAAAGGCCAUCAAAAUGACACGUGUGACACGAGAUUGUGAUGAUUCUUAUCAAAAAAUCUAUGCUGGUCGUGUUUAUAUAUCAAUUCUAUAUUUAUACAAGUUGUGAUUCGCUGUACUCUGUGCAGAAGUAACGAAACAUAUCAUUCCAGACUUAUUGCUGUUAAGAUAAUUGUGAAUAUACGAUAGUCCUAGAAGAUGCAUAUCACUAAUGUUAAGUGUAUCUAGUUUAUAUGACUGUUGUUGUUUCGACUCACGGCGCGCGCUCACUUACAGACUAUAACCUUUUUAGUGACCUGCUAGUGUCUACUGAAUUUCAUUUUGUACGGACUUAAAUAUGGCCAAAAUAAUUAAGAUAAAGCAAUAUUUUUCGGUAUUUACAUCAUCAUUAUUAUUCUGGAUUAUUAGAAUAACAUAUAGAGCUGAGGUUUAGUGCUAGCGUUUAACUACAACAAACCUAUUCUAUUUUGACAUACGACAAUCACAGAUUAUACUAAGUCUCGACUCUUGCUGUUGACAGUUAUCGUAACCUGUAACUAUUUGAAGUAAAUUGUCAAAAAAUACAUUGUCUGAAGAUAUGUGAGGAAUGGCCAUCACUGUACCCUGACUUACGGUGUUUUUGAAUUGCCUAUAACUCAACAAUAAACUUGAAACUGACAUAAAGUUAUAACUAUUGCCAUAAAAUUAAAAAAAAAACUCAACAAUAUGUUGCUGAAAUUAAAUCAAAUUUCUUUUUGUUCAAGUCUAUGCGUUAUGCGUUUUAGGAAAUUUGUUCUUGGACAUUAUAUAUAUUAGCUUUAAAGUUAAUAAAUAUACUGUAUUUUUUGUGCAUAUAAGAGUAGUUUUACAGGUCAUAGAGGGUUCGGUGAUGUUUUCCGCGUCGUGAGGCCACUGUUAGAUAGUAGAUAUAUCCUAGUUCUUGUUGAUCAUUUGAAAUGUGUAUAAAUGUGUAUUGUAGCAAUUUCGCAGUAAUCUGCGUUACUGAUAAAAUAUAGUACGUUGACUGGC